CGAAUAAAGAGAAGACAUAAUUGCUUUGAAUAAAGUCAAACACACUUGGCCACCUUUUUAUCGGAAUAAAAACACAAAACAAAAAAAAUUCGAACCGAAAUUGAGAUCGAAUUCAGACGAUUACGUGGCUUUACAUGGAGGUAGACCCCAGUGGCUGGCUGCUUAGCACAACGUUAACCUUCAAUCGCUUCGCCUUCCCUAAUCCCUGACGGAGGGAAUUCUCAAAUUUUGAAAUUACAGAAAAAUCCAAAUCCGACAGGCAAAAUUGACAAAAUCUCCUUUAAACAAAAGAGUCUCAUUGAAGACGAACCGUUCUCUGUAACCUCGUAUACUCCUCCUCCGAUCCGAUGGAGGAAACCGGUUCGGAUCCCGGAUCCUACCCGAUUCCACCCGCUUCAGUCCAUCUCGCCCCCUUCUCUCUCGUUCCGCCUCCCUCUGCUCGUCUCCUCUCAACCCACUUCACUCGUAGUACCCAGCCUGUGCAAUCGUCUCGGCGCCUGGCCUACAUAUCUCUCCAGGGUUUGCUCGUCAAUUCCCAUGAAGCCAGCUCGGCGCGGUCCAUCGGCGGCGGAUUGAGCCGAGAGGAAACCGUCGCGUGGGAGCUCUUUACGCCUUACCAGAGGUUCCUGCUCGUGGCGGUCAUUGGCGUCGCCGCCGCUGAGUCGAAGAAGAAUGGUGUGAUUCGGCAGCUCCAGAAAUCGGUCGAUCUCAGGGACCAGGUUCUUUCAAGCAUGCAACAAAAGCUGGACGAUCUGUGUCAACAGCCAAAUCUUGCCAAGGAUCAGUCUGCAAAAGGAUCCAGGGUCUCGGAUCAUGAUGAUCUACAAUCAACUUUCAAAGAAGAUUUCGGAUCUGAGAAAGUUAAAUUCGUAGAUUGUGGUUGCUGGUUGUGUGAUCAACAUCAUCACUCAUCACCUCCUCCUAUACAGGAUAAAGCUCCCACAAAUCUGGUGAUUGACGUAGAGCCAGAGGAAAGGCGUAUGUCUUACAUGUCAGACUGGUGUUCUAGUGUCACCUCUGCUGCAGAAAUCCAUUUCGAUAAUCUUUCACUCGACCAAGACAUGCUUUCUCUCAGAAAAGAGUGUCAAGAGAAAGAUGCAACAAUAAAGGACCUAACUUCAUUUCUUCAGCUAACUAACAAAGCUGGUUCUAAACGAGAAACAGAGCUUGAAGAGAUUGUUCGCAGGAAGAAGACAAUAAUCAAGAAGCUCAAGAGGGAGGUACUGGUGUUAGAAGAAAAGGUGACACAGCUCACUAGGUUCCGGAGGUUCUCCUAUUCAGCUGCAGUCCCAAGUAGCCGUGAAUUCCCAAUGAGACUGGACAAUCUUCUUUACGAUAUGGAUGUUUCUACAGCUUCUUCGUCCUCUGAUUCAGAAACUCCUGGAAACACACCUCGACGAACUGUGUUGAAGGAUGCUCCUGUCGAUUCCAUGAAGGAGGAACCCUCAGCUUCGGGAGAAACCCAUAAAUCAGCGCCAGCUGAAUCAUCGGCCUCACUUGUGAAAUCUGUGAAGCCGCCGCCUUCAGUAGUUAGUCCAUCAACUAACCGGAAGCCUGUCUCAUCAGUUUCUUCUUCUUCUUCUUCUUCGAGGAUGAGACGGGCUUCUUCUGCUGGCGAUUCAAAGAAACCUAGAAGGCCAAUUCAAGUUGCCGCAAGAGCUUCUUCUGCUUCACAUAAGAGAUGGGUUUAGGAAAGGGCGGGAAAAUUAAGAGUGCCCCAAUUUAUCGGUCUGAGGUCAAGCAAUGGAGAAAUUCUUGGUUCCGAUAGAAUCGUCGCCACCAAAAUCUACAACUGUCGUCAGGCGACCAUGGAAGCGAUCUCUAAUCGAAUUGAAUGGACGAUUCGAGCCACACUACCGACACGAACUGUAUUCUCUGUUUGCUCAAUCCUACUCCGAGAUUGGGAAAUUUUCACAUCUUUAUCACUUGUACGAGGAACCAUGCCAAACCCAUAUCAACGAGAUCCUUCACCAGCAUUCCUCGACAAUGUCAGCGAGGCGUUGUGGGGCUUGAGUUUGACAACCAGAGGUGUCUGUUUUCAGGGAAUAUACAUAGUGUCGGUCACAAGAUCAGGAUGCUUGACCGUGCAUGACUUUGACACUCUAUAUUGUCAGAGUAAGCUUGGCCCAGGUUCUGUGGAAGAUGAGAGUAAGCAUGUUGUGCAUUUGUCUUUCCCUCUGGGUAGGGAAUUCGAUGUCGCUAGAUGGAAUCCUACAAACCAGAAUGAGGUAGCUUGCACAUCGAGGAAACGGGAUAAAGUCUCCAUCUUCGAUAUCAGUUACAUGUCUCCCAAACCAACUGAGGAACUGCAAACCAGACAGAAGCUCUCAAUUAUUGGCCGCAAAACUUCUACUGGUUUAUCUGAUGUUGCCAUUACUAGUUAUGGAGAUUCAAGAAUAUUUUCUCCAGAUACACUUGGUACAGUACAUGUGUGGGAUAGAAGAGCAGGCGUGUCUCCAUGCAUUGAACUCUCUACAAACAGAUAUGAUUCGAUCAAGAGUGUUCAGAUAUAUGUGGAUAAUCAGACUAUUUUUGGAGCUGGUAAAGAAGGAAUCAUUCAUAUCUGGGACCUUCGUGGAGGAACAUACUCUACUGCUUUUCAGAGCCGCAAAGAUAUGAGCCACUUGCCCAUAGCAUCUAUACAUCUUGCACCGAUGCUGCGGAAGAUUGAAUCUCUUAACGCUCAGUCAGAAAUCGUCCCCAAGGAAAUCCAUUCCAUCAAUGUAAACCCGUCUUCUCCUAAUCAAUUGGCGUUUCACCUUGACGAUGGUUGGUCCGGUGUUGUUGACAUUUACAAAUCUGAAGUUACUCAUGUACAUUGCCCUCCUCCAGCUUGGUUGGAUGGUUCCAACAAUUCAGCUGACUUGAUCUUGCGGAAACCAUCAUGGCUUCCAACAUCAUCUAUCUAUGUGGUUGGUUCCAUGAGCGAGAAAGGGAUUCAUGUUCUUGAUUUUCAUCCUAGCUCUAAGUCUCCUUGUCACGUUGACUACGAUGAGGAUUCACAUAGAAAGGAGAAGAGAGAGAAGUGUAAUCACAGUAACAAGUUUGUUUCGUUGUCUGAAACUGUCACGGGUUGUGCUGCGCAUCCUCUCAACAGCAUGAUCGUAGCUGGAACUCAGAAAUCGUCGUUGCUGUUGAUCGCGCAGAGACAUUGCUCAUCUACAUCAGAAACUGUAGAAGGUGAAUUGUAGCAUCUACUAGCUCGAGUGGGCUUCUAGGCUUGUAACAUAGAAAUCACUCACGAGAUACAUGUAUGAGUAAUAGUUUUGCUUGAAUGGGUUCUAAAAGUGUGAAAGACGAUAUACGUGCUCUUGAAUUCGUGUUGUGUAUUGAUUAGUAUUAUCUUCUAUAUUUCUGCAAAUCCCUUUUUUUUGUAAACUCUAAAAGUAAUGCGAAUGAAGAAUAAUACAUGUAAAAAGUCAAUAUUAUUAUUAAGUGAAGGAGUCUAUAAAAAAAA